AGAUUAUGCGUUUGGGAUGAAGAGGGCAGGACUAAGAAAUUAAACGUAUUCUUCCUCGGAAAAAAGAAGUUUAGUUUAAAAUCAUUACUUAGUCACUCGGCCUGGUUGUUGUGUUGAUCAGUAGUGAAAGUUACGCAGGCCGCAGUACUGCAUGUCAAAUCAGAAAACGUGCACUGUCAACACUACUGUCAUUUCCCCCCCCCAUUGAAACCAGAUUGAUGUUCAGAUUUCAAACUUCCGUGAAGGACUCCCGUAUUUUGUUUUUCAUGCUUUUUUUUUAAUCAGAGGGGAUGUAAAGAGUGGCGAAGAUCAUGGAAAAUAGGAAAAGGAGGAGUGAGGUUUGUCCUAAUUAGCAUCAGCUGCGCUGGGUGCGCUGGCUGCGAGGAGUGUAAAAUGCAUUUGCAGACAAAGAAAGCUGAAAAAACUGACUGCUAACGCACUGUGCUGUCUGCAGCAGAUGGAUGCAUGAUUAUCACUAUUGGAGGCUGCAGCUUUGAUGUUAUUCUUUUUAUUGCGCUUUCUAAAUGAUUUUCUGAUGUCACACAAUGUAUCCGCUGUUUCAAAGUCGCUUGAUGUUAACUUUAUCUCAUUUCACUGACCUGCUUGACACUGACAAUAUAGACGCCUUUGGUGCCACGACAGACUAAAUAUGUGCUUUGGCAUUCUGUAUUGUGCAGCAUGUUAUAGGUUCCCAGUAGUUUCCAGUAUUCUGUCUUGGAUGAUCAGAAUAUGCUGCACUAUGGUCACAUUUUGUUGCAAAGUGGAUAAUCACAAUAAACACAGUCUCUAGGGUGAACCAGGGCUCCAGUUUAUGACAGGAUUGCACAGCAUUUUUAUACUAAAUCUGAGAAAAUGCCCCAUAUUUUGAUUGGCUUAAGUUUACAUAAAUCAAUACAUCUAACAAGAAACGAGGCGCAGAUCCAUGAAAUAACCUGAAAUGAUACAUAAAAGUUUUAACAGUUAUUCAGGAUAUAAAAAGGUCAUUCACGGAAGCACAAAAACUAUCAUAUAAGAACAUAAAACAAGCUUCUGAAGUUGGGAAAAUUGCAUUCAAAUAAAAUAAAGUACAUUUGUCCUUUUUAUUUAAUCUUCAACAUGUAUUUGAAGAUUGGUGCUAUGAGGCCCUGUUUUGGAGCACUUCUCUGUAAUAGCAACAUGUUUUGCAUUUUCAUCAUAAGAAUAGUUUUUGACCUACAUUUAAUUAGUUGGGAUUUGUUUGGCUAACUAAUUUAGCCUUGUAUUUCCAUGAAUCCAAGACUGGCAUAUCUCUUGACAUUAUUCAUAUGGGUGACAGUAUGCUGACUUCUUAGGUGAAGGUGGUUGUGGUUCAACAGUCGGUUGUUUGUGGCUUCAACUUCCUGGUGUUAUGCCUCUAUUUUCCCACAGGAGUAACUGCUCACAGAACCACCUGUUCUCCCAGACAUGUUAUCUGAACAGGGAGUAAACUGCAGUUAUUUGUUAUGUGUCUGAAAUGGCGUCAAUGAUUUCCAGUAAUGGACUAUGCUGUGUUUUUACAUGAUUAGGACGUCAAGUUCGUCGGUGUGCAGUAAGAUCAUGGAGCUGCUGGGCCAGAACGAGAUCGACCACCACCAGCGGCAAGUGGCCAUCCUCAGCCAGGACUGCUUCUACAGGGCCCUGACCCCGGAACAGAAGGCUAAGGCGCUCAAGGGCCAGUUCAACUUUGACCACCCAGAUGCAUUUGACAAUGACCUCAUAAUCGCGACCCUGUGGGACAUCAAGGAGGGAAAAACGGUCCACAUUCCUGUUUAUGACUUUGUUUCCCAUUCCAGGAAAGAAGAGACCAUGACACUGUACCCUGCUGACGUGGUGCUGUUUGAGGGCAUCUUGAUGUUCUACUCUCAGGAGAUUCGAGACUUUUUCCACAUGAAGCUGUUCGUGGAUACGGAUGCAGACACUCGUCUGUCACGGAGAGUGCUCCGUGACAUCAGUGAACGUGGUCGGGAUUUGGAAAGCGUUCUAGCCCAAUACAUCACCUUUGUCAAGCCUGCUUUUGAAGAGUUUUGUCUGCCGACAAAGAAAUAUGCUGAUGUGAUAAUACCGAGAGGAGUUGACAACAUUGUUGCAAUAAAUCUCAUCGUUCAGCACAUCCAGGACAUUCUGAACGGCGGUUUGACCAAACGACUGAAUGGGUGGUUCAGCGGUUAUGGGACGGAGAAGAAGCAGCCGAACAUAGAGUCGAGCAGUCGGCCCCACUGAAGCUCAUCACUCCUUCAGGGAAGAGGAGAAUGGUUUGCCUGAGUGUGCUGCUCUUCGUCACGGCUACUGCAACAAGGCAGCAUAACUUCCGGGAAUUCAAAAAGCCUCCUUUUGGUGCGAUUCUGCUUAGACUUAUUCAAAUGAAAGGAGGCUUUGUGGAGCUGGUUCGCAGCAGAGGUAUUCAGUUAAAAUUUUCUCUUUAACUUGUGUACUGGAUGACACUGAUCGAGGGAGGAGUGAAAAAAGGCACUCACUUUUAAUUUCAUUUCAAACUGCUGCUUGCCUUUAAUCCAGCACGGAGCUGGAGAAACUG